AUGACCUCAGAAAAUUCAGAAGGACUGGCACGCAGACCUUUAAAUAUAGUAACCGGUGAUAGCAGAUUAGUUCGAAAUGUUAACUCGAAUCUCAAUCACCUGUCUCCUAAUGAUGCUGUGUUUGGUCGCAGGUCCAUCCAUUCCUCGAAUGCUAGCGAGAUUUUGCGUCGAAGUAGUCUCAACACUUCAGCAUUAUGUCGACACAAUUCAAGUGAAUCCAGACGUUUGAGUCUCUCUCGAGAUCCUGUGCAGCCAACUUCUGGCAGUUUAUCUAGUCUCAAAUGUAGGUCUUUGCCCCCAGAAAAUGAAGAAGAUGACGUCAUAGGAUCACUGACGGCUACACAGAUAUCCUGCUUAUCUCUCUCUUCUUAUUUGCAAAGUGGCAGACCUCGAUCUUUCACUUGUUCAGAUUUAGAUGCAAAAAAAAUGAAGACCAAGGUAAGAAACAGACCACCAACACCACCACCAAAAAGCGAACAAAACUUAUCAGGAGAUUCGAGAGAUUGCAGUGAUACACAGUUCUCAAGAAGCUUUGACUCAUCAUUUCUGGGUAACAUUGGCACAUCAUCAGUGUUGGGCAGAAGGUCCAGACAUUCAAGCCGAGACAGAUUGGAACAGAGCAAUCUCGAUGAACUUCUUCCUGUUAUCAACGAGUCCUGA